AUAAUCAUAUAGCUUGGGCAAACUAAAGAGUUGGUUCCUUGAGAUUUCUUUUACAGUUAUGUUAUAAAUUGCAGGUUUUCUAAGCAGCAGUAGCAGUAACGGUAACAGAGAAAGAUUUCUUAUCAAAAUAUCAUCUAUCCGUUUAUUCUUUGUUGUUCGGUUAUUUUGCUGCUCAGCUGUUUAGAAUGUCAGACAUGGACGAAAUGGAUUAUGGAUUCGAGUACUCCGAUGAGGAUCCGGAUGAAGAAGAUGUCGCCAUUGAAAACCAGUAUUACAACUCCAAAGGUUUGGUGGAGUCUGAUCCUCAAGCUGCAUUAGCUGGUUUUGCUGAAGUUGUCAGAAUGGAACCUCAGAAAGAUCAGUGGGGAUUUAAGGCUUUGAAACAAACGGUUAAGCUUCAUUACCGUUUGGGAAGUUAUAAAGAAAUGAUGGAUGCUUAUCGCGAAAUGUUAACAUAUAUCAAAUCUGCGGUAACAAGAAACUACAGUGAGAAGUGUAUAAACAAUAUUAUGGAUUUUAUUUCUGGAUCAGCUAGUCAGAAUCUGGACCUCCUUCAAGAUUUUUUGCAAACUACAUUGAAGGCACUUGAAGAGGCAAAAAAUGAGAGGCUUUGGUUCAAAACAAAUCUCAAGCUUUGCAAACUGUGGUUUGACAGGGCAGAAUAUGGCCGAAUGAAUAAGGUUUUGAAGGAGCUUCAUAGAUCAUGUCAGAAAUCAGAUGGGUCAGAUGACCAUAAAAAAGGCACUCAACUAUUGGAGGUGUACGCAAUUGAGAUUCAGAUGUACACUAAAACCAAGAACAACAAGAAACUUAUGCAAUUGUACACCAAAGCACUUGCUAUCAAAUCCGCAAUACCUCAUCCCCGGAUUAUGGGUAUUAUUCAUGAAUGUGGGGGUAAAAUGCACAUGGUUGAACGGCACUGGGCUGAGGCAGCUACGGACUUCUUUGAAGCUUUUAAGAACUAUGAUGAAGCUGGGAAUCAUCGGAGAAUUCAAUGUCUCAAAUAUCUAGUUUUGGCAAACAUGCUGAUGGAAUCUCAAGUAAAUCCGUUUGAUGCUCAGGAAGCAAAGCCAUACAAAAAUGAUCCAGAGAUUUUGGCAAUGACUAAUCUUGUUGCUGCAUACCAGAGAAAUGAAAUAUUUGAGUUUGAGAAAAUAUUAAAGGAUAAUCAAACAACAAUUAUGGAUGAUCCAUUCAUUCGCAACUAUAUUGAAGAUCUCCUGAAGAAUAUCAGGACACAAGUACUUCUGAAACUUAUCAAGCCAUACACGAGAAUUCGGAUACCUUUUAUUUCAAAGGAGCUUAACAUUCCAGAAAAAGAUGUGGAGCAACUUCUGGUGUCUCUAAUUCUUGAUAACCGCAUCCAGGGUCAUAUUGAUCAGGUUAAUCAGCUCUUGGAACUUGGUGGUGACAGAUCGAAAGGGUUAAAGAAAUACAAUGCCAUAGACAAAUGGAAUACACAGCUUCGUGUUUUGUAUCAAUCUGUUGCAAACAAGAUAGGAUGAUAUCUGGUGCCUUUAUAAUUGCACCCAUCAUUUGUCUUUAUUAGGUAGUAUAAUGGGUUUUGAUCCAAGGCUUCAUCUAUAUGUUUGAAGCUGGUGGGCUUUUCCCAUUUGUAAAAUUUUGAGUUAUCCUCCUAUGUUACGUGAUGUAUAUGGACAGAGUUCAUCAGUUCUUUCUGAAUCGGUUUUACACAUGGAUGUCAUAAAAUUGAUUUGAUUUUGGAUAGUAAUACAUAUCCUGGAGAGAGCUCUGAAAUGCAUAUCUGUUGCAGGAAAUAAUUUAUCUUUCCAGGCAAAUUGCAUUGAUAUUUAAUUGUUAAAAGAAAUGCCUAAUGAAAUGGUAUUGUUUCCUAGACAAUAA